AAUGGCUACUCGGGACCGUCUAUUCGAAAUGCACCAAAUCUCUGGAAUCAACGCUGCAAGUCCGGAGAAAAACAAUUCAAAGUUGGCAGACGUCUCAUUGCAACAAUUUCUGGCGAAUGUCGACGAAAUUCGUCAUGUCUUGACUACGCUGAGCGCAGAUCGACACGCAAUUUACAUGGAGCAGGUAGAGUCACUGGCAGCCGGCUGUUCGGACACAGCAAAGUGCCGAAAACUCAACGACCACGUGGAUAAGUUCAUAGCUCAAGCACGUGGCAUCCGUCGUCGGCUCGCUGACGCCUCAGAGGAGCUGGUACAGUAUCCGGAGAGUCGAGUGGGCUCGGGGCGAGCAAGACACGAACAGAUCCAAAUGCUUAUCGUCUCGCUGGAAGGAAUAAUGUCGCAGUUUGCUGAUGAUCAAGCCUCCUACAAAGCAGAGGCAGCAAAGAAGAUUGCCGCAUACCUCCGAAAGCAGAACAUCGAGGUGACGGAUUCGGAAAUUGAUGGUGCCAUCGAAAACGGGAGCCUCUUUCAAUUGACGAGAAACAUUAAUCUGGGUGUUGCGCAGAAGAAGGCACUAUUCGAUGAUAUGAAAAACCGCGCCACGGAUAUUAUGAUUUUGGAGAAACAAAUUCGCGAGGUCGAAGAACUCUUUGUGGAUAUGCAAUUAUUGGUACAAAGCCAAGGCGAAACAGUGGACCGAAUCGAGACGAGCGUGAUACGCGCCGAAGAAUAUGCGGAGCAAGCCCAGCAGAACGUGCGGCAGGCUGUUGUGCUGCGUCGGAAGAACCGUAAAUGGAAGAUCGUUACGUGCAUCGCGCUGAUCGUGCUCCUGCUCGUUGUCGUCUACCUUCUCUCCCAUUUCCUCGGUGCAAUCAUCCCGGGUUGGAAAUAAUGCUAUUUUAAUUCCUUCGGGUCUAUUUUUUGUGAUUUUUUUUCGAUUAUUUUUCCAAGUUUCUACAGUAUUUAUACGAAUAAACGUUUUUCUGCC